UCGGUGGCGAUAGGUAAACAAUCGGGAAAGAUAUUCUUUGUCGCAAGUGAAAAACCACUUCCUUCUCCCUGUACUACCAUCGUGCAGCAACUAUAUUAGCUCCUCAACUAAAUCCCUGUGCAGUAACAGCGAAAGUCCAGCGAACGGAAAAACUAUGGAAGGAGAUGCGCGUUUCGUGGUGGAUCGGACGAACGAUCUCGAGGAGCAGCUAUCUCCCGGUUUCCAGAAGGCUUACACCUUUAGCCUGCCGACGGUAACGCGACAGAUGCUGUGGGAUUACAUGUUGCAUCUGAUGAAAGCGGUUUCCGGCAACGAUAGCCACCUGAAGGCACUCCAAUCGUGUGCGGAAAACAAUCCCGAGUAUGGCGACGAUUCAGUCGGCUGUGUGCAAUUGCGGCGCGAGGACUCGUACUGCACGGUGAAGGGUCAAAUGCAUUCGAUUGGCCCGUGUGACGAUGGGGAAAAUAUGGAAAUAAAAAUCUAUACACUGACGGUCACAAUAGACGAGGUGCACCAUAAGGUGGAAUCGGCCGCAUGCGACGAUUGUGCCGAGCUCGGAUUCUGCCAGCACACGAUCAGCUUCCUGCUGUGGCUACAUACGCAAGACCAGCCCGGUACGCAUCAGGAUGUGGAGUGUUUCUUCCGUUCGCCGCUCGCUACCGAGCUGGAGCAGCUGCCGGAAAAGCCCCCGCUAAACAAGACCAAAACCAAAAACUUUAUCCGCGAGGUUGUGCACGGACUGCAGACGGAGGACAUUGACUGUCCGCUGAGAUGGAACUUUUCCUCGGCUAGCAAAAAGUUCGCCAACCUUUCGAUCCACGAGCUGAUCAUAUGUGGCGUGAAAAAUCGGUACACGGUGGCGCAGUUCUUCGAGCAUGCGCAAGCCGUCGUCGCGUCUGCAUCGGGAGUGCUGGCGGAUAAGGUAAAAUUUCAACCGCGGUUCCAUCCAUGGUUCCAGGAGCUACGGUACGGGCGUAUAACGGGCGCGAAGGUGUACGAAUGCACGCUGCCGAAGGUGUCGCCCGAGCUGCUGCACGAGAAGAUACUCGGCUGCAACAAGGAGAUGGAUAUGCAGAUGCAGCGCAAGAAGCUGGCCAUUCGUCAGCGACUGGAGAAGUACACCAAGCGAACGUACGAGAGUCCGCGCAUCACCAUGAACGCCUCCUUUCCGAUCAUCUUCAACGUGCCGGACGGUAUCUGCACGCAGCACGUGGUAGAAAUCAAAUGUCCCCGGUCGCACGAGAACAUGAAGAAGUACGUCACCAACGAUGGUAGCCUGCAGGAGAAGUACUAUCUGGAGAUGCAGGUCCACAUGCUGAUGUACGGCGUCACGUCCGGUGUGGUGUGCGUCGCCGAUCCCAACUUUGAGACGAACAAUGAGCUGUUUAUGCAUUCGUUCAAUCUCAACAAACCGUUCGUGAUGAAGAAGCUCCAGAAAGCGCUCGAAUACUGGGAGAACCAUGUGUUCCCGGAGCUGAUGUCCAGCUGGUCGGAGUGAGCGCAUGCAACGUGCGCUACUGGUUCGCAAUUCGGGCGCCGAUCCCUCCACAAUUUGAGAAGGAUUAUAUCUAUGUAGCGUAGGUUCGAACAAUUACUAAAACAAUCGUUGCAGUUUAGGAAUAGAAGCGACAACCAGCAAGACCGGGAAUACAUGGUCCACCUCCGUUGAGAUGGGGAAAAACAAGCCAACGGAAAACACAAAUUCGAUUUUCGGUAAUAGUCUAUUUUUAAUCUUCCUUCUUUUGACAACAUUACACAGAUAGAAACACGAACACACCAAUCGCACACACAUACACACAUACAUACACACAGGCAAUAGCAUUUUAAGGACAAUAAAUGUAAGACUUUCAUUCUAUUGAACA